AUGAAUAUCUCAAGUGUGGUCCUGGCAUUCAUUCUGUUGAUGUCCUUAUAUGGAGUCAACUGUCAACUGGAUGAACUCUUUUAUGAUUUGCAGGAAGAACGAGGACCUGUUGUAGUGAUUGCCGACCUUUCCACAGAUUCGAAUGUAUCAUCAGUGCUGGACUCCACCGAGAUGCCCUUUCUGAAAUUCCAGCUAUAUUCAGGACCAAGUAGAACGAACUUUCGCCUCAAUAAUUUAACGGGGUAUCUAUCGGCCGUGGAAAGAAUUGAUCGUGAAGCCAUUUGCAGAUUCCAGAUUACAUGUGUGAUUCGGCUGAAUGUAGGAAUACAAUCACUAAAACCAGGAUCUUCUUUUUUCCAUACCAUCACCGUUUACAUCAACAUUGAGGACAUCAAUGACAACUCGCCAUUAUUUCCGGAAGUGACAUCAAAUUUAGCUAUCAUGGAGUCUGCUGCCAUCGGUUCAACUUACAUAAUAGAUGGCGCUACAGACCUGGAUACAGGAGAGGGUAACUCUGUUCAGUCUUAUUCCUUGGUACCUGAAAGCCCAGUUUUUGGAAUCAAAACUCAGCGAAAAUUGGAUGGAAGUAUAGAAGUGAGAUUGGUUAUAGUUGCUGAGCUUGAUCGUGAAGGUGUCAGCCAUUAUGACGUAACUGUCAUGGCGUAUGAUGGAGGGAAUCCAAGAAAAUCGGGGGAGAUGACUCUGUCUAUUAAUGUUACAGAUGUGAAUGAUAAUUGGCCUCAAUUUACCAAUACUGUGUACAAUGCUAGUGUGAAUGAAACGACUGCUACCAACGUCGCCUUUACGACCGUUUCCGCGACGGAUGCGGAUGAUGGCCCGAACGGUCAAAUAAGUUAUCGAUUCAGUUCAAGACAAACUGACUUUGCUGCUGUUAGAUAUUUCGGAAUCAAUUCAGAAAACGGCGAGAUCUAUCCAACUAUGUCCUUAAGUCCCCUUCAAGGCCAAACGAAAAGAAUUGUGAUUGAAGCAACCGAUUCCGGUUCGGACAUUAAAGUUUCUCAGUGUAUCGUUCAAGUGACUGUAUUGGACAAUGCUAACAAUCCACCAACCAUAAGAAUCAACCUUCUCAAUGAAAAUAACACUGUUGAGAUUUUGGAAUCAGCAAGUAUUGGGUCUCUUGUAGCCCAUUUCGUAACCAGCGACAAAGACUCAGGACAAAAUGGCGUCGUUUCAUGUUUCGUAUCGAACUCUUCUGAAUUCAGUGUCCGUCAAAUCAAAAUAAAUCAAUUCAAAGUUGUUCUCAGCCAAAAAGUAGACAGAGAAACUCAGUCAUCACAUCAGAUGUCUCUAGUUUGCCAAGAUGGUGGACAGCCACCAUUACAAACGACAGUUGGCUUGAAAGUGAUGCUUAUCGACGUAAAUGAUAAUUCUCCGGUUUUCGAAAAUAACAAAAUAUAUCUAAACGUUUCUGAAAACAAUGAAAACGGUUUGAAAUUGACAACUGUGCGAGCGACGGACGUAGACGUGGAAGAAAACGGGGCUGUAACAUAUCGUUUAGGACGAGUUUCACCAAUGACUUCAACAAUCUUUGUGAAUCAGACGACAGGUGACGUCAUAGUGUUGGGUUCGUUCGAUUAUGAAUCGGAAAAGAACGUUAAUAUUACAGUUAUUGCUGAGGACGGAGGCGUUCCACCCCUUUCUUCAUCAGAGACCCUGUAUUUAUCGAUAAUUGAUGAAAAUGACAAUUCUCCCUACUUCGACGAACCUGUUUAUAUCUUUAAUAUUAAGGAAAAUUUAGCCUCGGGGCAAUUCGUUGGUAAAGUGAAGGCAAAAGACGAUGACAGUGGCGUUAAUGGUCGUCUAAAUUAUAUGCUUGAGCAAAAUUCAAGUUUACCUUUUUCGUUUUCAAACGAUGGAGAUUUAACGACACUCAAAUCUUUCGACCGAGAAGAAAAGGCCACAUAUAAUUUUAAAGUAAUUGCCUAUGAUUUGAGCGACUCGCCUAAAUCGUCUAACGUUUUGGUUACUGUGUCCAUAUUGGAUCAAAAUGACAACAUUCCAACC